GCGUACUCACCACACCCGCUGAACUAGCAAGCCCCUGCUCUGUUCUACUCCGACAGUCCUACUUCUACUUCGACCAGCUGCCAUGGUGGGAUUGCUGAACUCCGACGCCUCGGGUGAGGUCGUCGCCGACGCCUGGGACUUCCGCGGCCGCCCCGCCGUCAGAUCGCGCACCGGCGGAUGGACCGGCGCCGCCAUGAUCCUUGUGGUGGAGCUCAACGAACGGCUGACGACGCUGGGGAUCGCCGUCAAUUUGGUCACCUACUUGACGGCGACGAUGCACCUGGGCAAUGCCGCCGCCGCCAACUGCGUCACUAACUUUAUGGGAACGUCCUUCGUGCUCUGCCUCCUCGGCGGCUUCGUCGGCGACACCUUCCUCGGUCGCUACCUCACCAUCGCAAUCUUCGCCGCCGUCCAAGCCUCCGGAGUGACGAUCCUGACGAUUUCGACGGCGGUGGCGGGGCUGCAGCCGCCGCCGAACGAGAAGGCGACGGGAGCGCAGCUGGGCGUGCUGUACCUGGCGCUAUACCUCACCGCCCUCGGCACCGGGGGGCUCAAGUCUAGCGUCUCCGGCUUCGGCUCCGACCAGUUCGACGACGCCGACAAGAAGGAGAAGGCGCAGAUGCAGAAGUUCUUCAACUGGUUUUUCUUCUUCAUCAGCCUCGGCUCGCUGCUCGCCGUCACCGUCCUGGUGUACAUCCAGGACAACCUUGGGCGUCGGUGGGGUUACGGGAUCUGCGCCGGGUCGAUCGCGCUCGGGCUGCUGGUCUUCCUCGCCGGCACGCGGCGGUACCGGUUCAAGCGGCUGGUGGGGAGCCCGCUGACGCAGAUCGCGGCAGUGGCGGUGGCGGCCUGGAGAAAUCGAGAAAGAGAGUUGCCGUCGGACCCGGCGUUGCUGUACGACGGCGCGUCGGAAGAGAAAGGGGCGGCGCAGGGAGAACCGAAGAAGAGGCUGCCGCACACCAAACAGUUCAGGUUUCUGGACCGUGCCGCCAUCCCCGCCGGCGGCGGCCCUUCGGCUGCGCCGCCAAGCAAGUGGUGGCUGUCGCCGUUGACGGACGUGGAGGAAGUCAAGAUCGUGGUGCGGAUGCUGCCGAUCUGGGCCACCACGAUUAUGUUCUGGACGGUCUACGCGCAGAUGACUACCUUCUCCGUGUCGCAGGCCACCACCAUGGACCGGCGGAUCGGGUCCCACUUCAGUAUCCCACCGGCCUCCCUCACCGUCUUCUUCGUCGCCUCCAUCCUCGUCACGGUCCCCGUCUACGACCGCGUCGUCGCCCCCCUCGGCCGCCGCUUCACCGGCCAUCCACAGGGCCUCUCCCCGCUCCAGCGCAUCGGCGCCGGCCUCCUCCUCUCCGUCCUCGCCAUGGUCGCCGCCGCCCUCACCGAGCACAAGCGCCUCAGCGCCGCCCAACGCUCCGAACCCUCCGCGCCCUUCGUCCCGCUCACCGUCUUCUGGCUCGUGCCGCAGUUCUUCCUCGUCGGCGCCGGCGAGGCCUUCACCUACAUCGGCCAGUUGGAUUUCUUCCUCAGGGAGUGCCCCAAGGGGAUGAAGACCAUGAGCACGGGGCUGUUCCUGAGCACGCUCUCGCUCGGCUUCUUCGUCAGCUCCGCGCUGGUGGCGGUGGUUCACAUGCUCACCGGCAGCAGCAGCCGCGGCGCGUGGCUCGCCGACGACCUCAACCAGGGGAAGCUCUACAACUUCUAUUGGCUGCUGGCCGUGCUCUGCGGCCUCAAUCUGGGAGUGUACCUCCUCGCCGCCAGGGGUUACGUCUACAAGGAGCACUGCUAUCCGACGGAGGAGGAGAGCAUGUUCGGCGGCGUCGAGUUGGCCGAGGAGGCCUGCUGCCACGCCUAGACAAUAUAAAUAUUAUAUUUAUAUAUCUUCGCAAGUAUUUUUUUUGUUUUGUUAUCAAGUUGUAAUAAUUUGCAACUCUUUAGGCUUUUCUCUAAGUCAAAUUAACUACUAUAUCAAUGCUUCCUCGCAUUCUC